AUGGGUGACUUCGGAGCCACCUCUUCCCUCGACGAGCACGUCUCUCUCCCAGGACAGCCCAUUACCACAGAAGACGACGACGACAUCCACGUCCUUGUCACCGGUUUCGGCCCAUUCAAAACCCAUCCUCUCAACCCAUCAUGGCUAAUCAACUCUAUCCUACCACAAUACGCCCCCACCAGCAAAAACCGCCGAGUUCACAUCCACGCCCACCCACGGCCGAUCAGAGUAGCCUACGCCACGGUUCGUGAUGAAAUGCCUCGUAUCAUCGAGCAGUUCCGAGCAGCCCAUGGUGGCCGUCCACCUCACUUGGUCAUUCAUAUCGGCAUGGCCGCAACCAGACAGUACUAUGCCGUUGAGACAGUGGCUCACCGAGAAGGAUACAAGCAUACAGAUGUAGAUGGACAGUUUGCAGUGCCCUUCGACGAAUCCUUGCCUGACAGAUUACAACCCGGUGUUCCUGCUCCGUCAAAUUCUACAUCCAACUCUACAUCCGAGUCUACGGAUAAGGUCAAAGUUGCUCCGUCACCGAUUGAUACAAGCUUCUUGCAGACGUGGAGGAAAAGUCUACCUGCAGGACGGUCAAUUGAUGUCCGUCUAUCUCAUGAUGCGGGCCAUUACCUGUGUGAAUACAUCUAUUAUACCAGCUUGUCGAUGGCGUGGGGGGAGAACAGGCCGCGGGCAGCACUGUUCUUGCAUGUUCCUGGCUGGACAGACAAAGCUAGCGUGGAGAUGGGCGCUGAUGUAGUGGUGGGUCUUGUCCGGGCCAUGGUGGAGAGCUGGAUUAUCGAGACAGACGCUUAA